AUGCUUCUCCUCGACUACCAGAAUGUCCUGAUCCAGUCCAUCCUCACAGAUCGGUUCUCGGGCGCGCCUCCGCAGUCGAUUGACCAGGUUGUGUCGGACUUUGACGGAGUGACGUUCCACAUCUCGACCCCGACGACGAAAACGCAGAUUCUCAUUUCGCUGUCGAUCAAAUGUUUCCGCGAACUCGUGCAAUAUGGCGCGGAAGCCGUGCUGCAAAGAGAAUACGGAGCGUACAUUACCGCGACGGAGGCCGGCUACGACUUUAGUAUUCUGGUAGACCUGGAGAGUCUGCCGCCGACGCCGGAAGAGCGGGAAGAGCUGGUGCGGAGAAUCAGUCUGUUGAAGCGCAAUGUCAUGGCGGCGCCGUUCGAGAAGGCCUACGACGAUUUCUCGCACCUGUCCGAAGAGGCGGCCAAAUAUACGUCCGAGUCCGCACCGCAGGGCGUCCGAGAUGGGGGCGAGGUCAUGGCAAUCCAUUACCGCGAGGAAGAGGCCAUUUACAUCAAGGCGAGCUCGGAUCGCGUCACGGUCAUCUUCUCCACCGUGUUCAUCGACGCUGUGGAUCGGAUUUUCGCAAAGGUCUUCAUGCAGGAGUUUGUCGAUGCGAGGAGACGCGCCAUCCAGAACGCCCCGCAGGUGCUGUUCAGAAGCGAUCCGCCUUUGGAAAUUCAAGGGCUGAAGGGAGUCGGGAAGACCGGGGAAAAGGGCGAGAGUGGCUUCAUCACGUUUGCAGUUCUGUUUCCGCGGCAUCUGACUCGGCAACGACGGGACGAAGUCAUCUCCCAGAUCCAAACGUUCCGCGAUUACUUCCACUAUCAUAUCAAGGCAUCCAAGGCCUACAUCCACUCCAGGAUGCGGCGUAGGACAGCAGACUUCUUGCAAGUACUAAACCGUGCAAGACCCGAGACGGAAGAGCGGGAAAGGAAAACAGCCAGUGGCAGAACGUUCCGAGUUCAAGCGUGA